AAUAUUUCUCGUCCGGUUCAUUUAAGAUACUAACUAAUUGUUCACUUGCGUUUGACUUUUUCCUUUACAUCUUUAAACAUGCAUAGUUGCAAUAAGAAUGUGAUCAUUUUUGUGGAGAAAAAUGACAGUUCUAUUGUGCUCAGUGCAAAUCAAAGAAACAAUUACUGCACGAAAUUAUAUGCAUAAGUUAUCAAUUGAAACUGUUGCAGGGAAUCAUUCGAGUGACCUAUUUGCUUUUCAGCCUGCUUGGGUUUAGCUUCUUUCACUUCUAUCAUUAAAUUUCCGUUUUCCUUUUUUAUUUGGGUGUGGUGGGGUUUGGGUUGGCUGAGGUGUAGUUAUUGGAGGCCAUACUUGUUUUUCUUCAUUACAAUUUUGUAGAACAUUUUCUCCAAACAACUCUCUUGUUUUUCCUUAGCUUGAGUUCAAGCUGACACUCUUACCACAGUUUUCACGAUCUAGUUUCCUCCAAUAUAUUGCCAUCAUUUAUUUUUCUUUUAUAUUCAAUGACAGUCUGAGAAAGAGCAGGCUGUCAGAAAUUUGCACGAGACAUGGUAGAUAUUAGUUUGUAAACUUGAAAAACUCAAGUAUGCACUGGUUACUGUGAACCAGUUAUUUAGGCAUUUAAACAGGUGUAAAUUGUGCUCAUUCAUUUAGUUUUACGUAUUAUUAACAAUUUUAAUAAACCCACUUAAGAAUAACAUAAAGCAGUAGUCUGGUUUCCUAGGAUAUUGGUAUGCAGUUAAUAACAUCAGGUCUAAAUGUGAUCCAGUAUGUCAAGCAGUUGGACGAUCUUAGAUCACAGCUUUCCGCUACUCAAGCAACUGCAAAUGCAAGUGCUGCAUCAGCUCAAUCUGCACAGCUUCAGUGUUUGGCGCUUUUGAAAGAGUUGGAUGAGAAGAACAGUUCACUGAAGGAACAUGAAGUUCGUGUAAAUAGACUUGGUGAGCAGUUAGAUCUUUUGCAGAAGGAUCUUCAAGCAAGAGAAUCAUCCCAAAAGCAAUUGAAAGAUGAGGUCGUGAGAAUUGAGCAUGAUAUCAUGCAAGCAUUAGCAAAAUCCGGCGCAAACAAAGAUUGCGAAUUGAGGAAGAUUUUAGAUGAGGUCUCGCCAAAGAAUAUUGAGAAGAUGAACAAGCUGUUGACGAACAAAGAUGAAGAAAUUGCCAAACUUAGGGACGAAAUCAGGAUCAUGUCUGCCCACUGGAAACUAAAAACCAAUGAGUUGGAAUCUCAGUUAGAAAAGCAUCGCAGGGCUGAUCAAGAGUUGAAAAAGAGGAUUAUGAAGUUGGAAUUCUGUCUCCAAGAUGCUCGAACUCAAACUCGCAAACUCCAUAGGAUGGGGGAACGACGCGACAAAGCUAUUAAGGAACUGAGAGACCAAUUAGCUACUAAGCAAUUCGGAACUUCCAGCGAUAAUAAACAGAACUUCUGGGAUACCUCAGGAUUCAAGAUUGUUGUUUCAAUGUCCAUGUUGGUGUUAGUCCUCUUUUCGAAGCGGUAAUAUUUAAUAGUGUUCUUAACUAUGUAAAAAAGGAGAUGUGUAGAUAGUUUCAACUCGGGGAGAAAUUAGGGAAAGCUGUAGAGCUACUGUUAUAUAUGGAGGAAUGUUAAUCAUACUUAAAAGGGGUAUCUUUUUGUACCUCAAAGGCUGUCACAGCCGAACCCAUAAUUUUGAUCCUCAAUUAUUAGAUACAUGCGUUAUAUAA